GUUUCUGUAAAAGUUUCAAUGGAAUUACUCGUUCAGAACAUUAUUAUUAAUUUCUGCAUUUUAUUUUUUAAUUAAAUUAACAACAACUUGUAGUGUAUAAGACGUGUACCGUUCGCAAUCGAAUGGAAGUGGUGUCGAGUAAACGAAACGAAACUAAUUUACCAAAUGGAAAUUAUGAUCGAAACCGAAAUUAUUAACAUGAACAAAAGAUUGUUCUAAACGAAAACAUAACAGAGUGAAACGGAUUCCAUGGUGUAUAAUAUCUACUCGAAAAAUUCGAAAAAAUGGCUGAUUCCAAAAUAAAUAUUAAAAAUAUAUAAAAUGUGUGACAAUGUAAACAAUGUGUUGAGAGUUUGUUCAGUCGAAAUGUUGUUUUUUGUGUGCUAAGAAAAUUAUAAUGGCGAAACAGUGCAAUAUACGGUUUUGUGUCAAAAAGACAAUUUUCUGGAAGUUAAUUCUGUAUUGAAUCGAAGUGAAAUUGAUGCAAUUAAACAAGGUCUCUUACGUCAAUAUAAAAUAAUAUUGGAAUGAGUGUUAACAUUUUUACAUAGAUUGUCAGUGUACCGUUCUAAAAGUCGAUGGAAUUUCAGUUUCAGUUUGAACGCCCCGCUUUCGGUUCUACAAUAUUGUUAAACAAAAAGAAUCCAAAGGUUUUUUUUGUUGUUGUAAUAAUUGCCAAUUGACAGAAAUUGUAUGCGAUGCGAUGAUUAAUUGAAAAAUUAUUAUUAUGUCUAACCAGCGGACCACUGCAGAGCAAAUUAUUCAAUGAAAGUUUUCGCUCGUUAAAGGGUUCAUUGGUAAAGUAAAAAAUAAAAACGGUAUAAUACUCAUAUAUCUCUUCGUAUAAUGAGAUUCGUUCAGAAAACAUACGGCUCAUAAGUUGUGAAGAAGUAAAAAAACACAUCAGAGAAUGAAAUUUUAUUCGCAAGAUAGCAAUGAACUAAAAAAACGCGAAUAAAUCGCACGGUACCGCACCAUAUUAUAAAGGCAAAGAUUUUUUCUCUCUGUUUUUUUGUUUAUUUAAAAGUUUUAAUUUUCAUUUAAAAUACCAAAAAAGUAUUACAGACACUCAAGUUAGUCGUAGAAAUAUUUUUUUUACAAUAAAAGACAUCUUAAUAUAAGAACAAACAAACAUAAAAGACAGAACAACAUAAAUUCCAAGCGUUUAAAAGUUUUAAUUUUUUUUAUAAUUUAUUUGUCAUCACCUACCACACCACUUCAACAUCGUACAAUCAAACAAUAAUAACAGAUCCUGUUUUGGCAAACGCAAUGGAGGAAGUGUACGCCGACCCAGUGAAUGUUUCGUGCUUGAAACAUCGGAGAUGAUAGUGAUCGACUAUCCUGAAAUAAACUCAUUAAACCCGUCAACAACACAGCUAACCUCCACCGCGUAUCAUCAGCGAUCGUCAUCGCUUGCCAAUCCUGUCCAUUCAUCGUUAAGCCAACAAUCGCAAUUAACUGCUGCAAUAAAGACGCCCAAUCGUGGUGGUAGCUAUCGUGGCUCGUUGCCGUACCGUCACAGUGUCGGCAACGCCAUAGCGCAGAGCCCAAAUACCAUCGGGCUGAUAAACAACAUGGAUCAUCACAACAUACGACACGCAAUACAAAGUGGAGUCAAUAUUGUAUGUGACGAUAGCAAUUUUAGCGGAAAUCGACCAGACUUAUACCAAAAGUGCAAUCGUGGUUCGCAUUCCAGUGAUACUAGUUCGGCAUAUAGUGGAUCCGAUACCAUGACAUCUGUACAUAGUUCUUCGAUAGACGCUGACGAGGUCGAUCUUUCCGGAUUGGUCGAAUCAGUGGUCGAUUCAGAUGAAGAGGAUUUAGCCGAAAGCAUGGACAGUUUGGCUGUCCGAGAUACCGUGCGCGAAUGUUUAGAAAAAGAUCCAUCCGAUCGCACAGAGGACGACAUUGAAACAUUGCUAGACUUUACCAAAAAUUUGAAAGCAUUCACAAAUGUCACAUUGGCCGUGAGGAGGGCUUUGUGUUCGGUGAUGGUGUUUGCUGUUGUAGAAAAAGCCGGUACAAUGGUCAUGAACGAUGGCGAAGAAUUGGAUUCUUGGAGUGUAUUAAUUAAUGGACAUGUUGAGAUUGAGCAGAGUAACGGUGAUAAAGAGGAACUUCAAGUAGGCGAUAGUUUCGGUAUAUUGCCCACAAUGGACAAAUUGUACCAUCGCGGAGUGAUGCGAACAAAAUGCCAUGACUGUCAAUUCGUUUGCAUAACACAAACCGACUAUUAUCGGAUACAGCAUCAGGGCGAAGAAAAUACUGUAAAGCAUGAAGAGGACGGCCGUGUUGUGAUGGUGACAGAGCUCCGACAUGGUGCCAUGGAAGGUGGAACGAUGAGACGUGGCCAUGUUGUGAUACGAGGCACAUCUGAUAGACUUGUACAGCAAUUAAUUGAAGAAAACUCAAUGACGGAUCCGACGUAUGUGGAGGAUUUCUUGCUGACUCAUCGGACUUUUAUUGACAGCGCACAGACGGUUUUAAAUCAGCUAAUGACAUGGUUCGAGAAUGAAGAUACUUCAUCGUUGCAAACUACAGUUACACUGUCAGAAAUACGAGAACGAGUUACAAGGGUUGUGCUACUGUGGGUGAACAAUCAUUUUACCGACUUUGAAACGGAUCCGCAAAUGAUGGAAUUUUUGGAGACAUUUGAGUCGGUGCUCGAAAAGAAGUCGAUGCAAGGUUAUCUACGCUUGUUACACAUCGCUUGCGCUACUAAGGCGCGAACACGAAAUGUUACAUUGGCGAGGUCGUCUAGAGACGAAGAUCUUCAUUUCGACAUUGUGGGUGGCUAUGAAAAGGGAUAUGUAAACGGCAUUUUUAUAUCGAAAGUGAAUAAGAAGUCGAAACCCGAAGAUGUUGGCCUGAAACGUGGCGAUCAAAUACUGGAAGUGAAUGGUCAAAGUUUCGAUCAUGUCUCGUUUGCUAGAGCCAUGGAACUUCUCACCAGUACAACACAUCUUAGCAUAACUGUGAAAAGCAAUCUACUGCAAUUAAAGGAAACCCUUCAGAAUCCUGACAGUAGCUCGCCGCGACCGCGGCCCUGUCGACGUAAGAUGAACGCUGACAUUUCCAAACUACAGACUCAUGAUCCACGCGUCAGAUUGUCCAGCGUCGAUAUUCUUUCUACCUCGACAUCAUCAUCGCAAGACCAGACAGAUUGUGCCAUUCUAGUUUCGACACAGACACCACACAACAAUGCAAAAUCGCAAACAUCCAAGAAAGACGGAAGCAUGUCAUCACUAUCAUCAUCAUCUUCAACAAAUAGCCACAAAGGUGGUUUCAUGACACUCGGCCCUAAGCGUCGUCUGCAGCGUGCUCUCAUAAAAAUGAAUCUACUGCCCAAAAAUGCGGCCGCUUUGCUAGAUGGCUUUGGACAAGACGACGACAAUUCAACAACCAGUUCGGCAGAUCUGAGCACAACAAACCAAUCAAAAACGUCCGGCUCCAACAAUAAUAACAACUCCGUUAACCUGUCAACGCUGUACCAAUCUCACAGCAAUCCAGAUUUGACAACGGUAUUCUAUGAAGACCUUCGGGCAUCGGACUAUCCAGAGCACGUGCUGAAAGUAUACAAAUCGGAUCAAACGUGCAAGUAUCUGUUAGUACAUAAAGAAACAACGGCACACGAGGUGGUAAUGUUGGCUCUGCAAGAGUUUGGCAUCCAUGAUCCCAGUUCAAAUUUCUCGUUAUGUGAAGUGUCGGUGGGUGAAGGAGGCAUGAUUAAGCAACGGCGUCUGCCAGAACAAUUACAAAACCUUGCCGAACGAAUCGGUCUGUCGUCACGUUAUUAUCUGAAAACGAACGGCAUCACUGAAACCCUAGUACCUGAUGAUAUGGCACCCGAAUUGAUUCGCGAAAGUGCUGUACACUUCCUUCAACUGAAUGCCAAUGAAUUGGCCAUUCAAUUAACUUUCCAAGACUUUGCUAUUUUCCGCCAAAUUGAGUCAACCGAAUACGUCGACGAUUUGUUUGAAUUGAAGAGCAAGUAUGGCAUUCCAAUGCUGAAACAGUUCGCAGAGUUAGUCAAUCGAGAAAUGUUCUGGGUGGUGACCGAAGUAUGCAGCGAACAUAAUAUGGUGCGACGGAUGAAAAUCAUCAAGCAAUUCGUUAAAAUCGCUCGACACUGCAAAGAAUGCAAAAACUUUAACUCAAUGUUUGCAAUUAUAUCGGGCUUAGGUCACGUCGCUGUGUCUCGAUUGCGACUGACUUGGGAAAAACUUCCAUCGAAAUACCAAAAACUCUUCUGUGAUCUGCAAGACUUAAUGGAUCCAUCGCGCAAUAUGUCUAAAUAUCGUCAACUCGUUUUGACCGAACUGGGCGAACAGCAUCCAAUCAUUCCAUUUUAUCCGGUGGUGAAAAAAGAUCUGACCUUUAUUCAUUUGGGUAACGAUACGUUUGUCGACAAUCUCAUAAAUUUCGAGAAGCUGCGAAUGAUCGCCAAAGAAGUCCGAAGUUUAACGCACAUGUGCAGCUCACCAUACGAUCUACUGACACUGCUCGAACUGAAAGGGCAACCGCCAAGCUCAGCUAUGGUAGCACUCAAUCAAAUGUCUGUGUCAUCUACUUCCCAUGCACAACACAACAAUCAAGCGACAGUGAAACGUCGCAAGAAGUCUACAGCUGCUCCAAAUCCAAAGAAAAUGUUUGAAGAAGCACAAAUGGUGCGACGGGUCAAAGCAUAUCUGAACAAUAUGAAAGUCAUCACGGAUGAGGACGUUUUGCACGUCUUGUCACUGGAAUGUGAACCGAGUGGUGGAUCCGCGCCAAACACUGUCAUCAUACGCAAACGUCAUCCAUCGCCCACUCUAUCGACCACAAGUUCGACAAGUUCUACUAGUGAAGGAAAGAAAGGAGCUCUAGCCGGUCCAAAAUUUGGAACCGCAUCACCGCAAGCAGUCAAAAAGAUCCUGUCACUGUCGGAACCCAGCAAAACACGGCCGCAUCAAGCACGACAUCCAGGUGGUAUAACCGGACCUGUACUUCCUCUUCAUCAUGGUUUGCAUCAUCCACUACAUCAUUCAUCCGUAAGCCCAUCGCCUUCACCCGGUGCACAUCGAAGAAUGGGAUCAAGCAGUAGUGCAGGUUCGAUGACAUAUUCAACACACACAUAUUCGCAAGGCGGCGGACGAGCUGUUCACGAAAGAUCACAUUCCGACACACCCACACCAUUACCGUCUGUUGACUUAUCAGUGGAAAGUAGCAGCGUAACGUCACUCAGUAAUCUGCCCCUUCGAAAGAAUAUUGCGUCAGGCUCAGUCACAUCCAGCGAUAGCGGUCAUGGUUCAUGCAUUCAGGCCGAUACUCAUUCCAAUUGCUCAGAAAGUGGCAUAUACCAUGUCGCAUCGUCAAUUGUGCAUAAUUUACCAUCGCCGAUACUGCAGCAACGACGGCACUCAACUAUGCACGGCCCCACAUUUCUUGGUAUCUUUCCCAAUACAUUAUCCCAAAUGGUAAUGCUCACAUCGCCAACAUCAUCUACCAUACAAGACACACUAAUCAUACCCACAACACAUCAUCCAUCAUCAGCAUCGACAUCAUCAUCGUCGUCUUCGUCGUUUGCCGGUUCGUCCAUUUCGUUGACUGCCCAACAGUCGCCAAAUAAUUUACAUGGCCGCCAACAAUUCCCGUCCUCAACAACACAAAUAUUGCCGGCCACAUCACCGCUCGGUGGUGGAUCUAUUGGUGCUGGUCAUACAGCUUUUGUGGUACCAACUUCUAUCUAUCUUCCUUCCAGUCGUCCAAAUGGACAUGGACUGAUGGCACCGCCGCAAAAUUCAAAAGUUCCACGUCAUCCUCCAGCGUACAGUGUGGCUGCACAAAUGGCUAGACUGCACCGAAUCGGACGUGCACAUAGUCAUGAAGGUGUCACAUUACCAAAUACCGAAUACUUUUUCACCGAACCGAGGGAGGAGGAUGAUGAUGAGGACGCCCAAGUGUCUGCCGUCUAAGACAACAGAAUGAAACAAUUAUUUUUUUUUCUUCAUCAGUGUAACGUCGCCAAAAAACCAAACAACAGUCUUUCAUUUUUGUGAUGACAAGGAAAACAAGCAUAAAAUUAACUUUUUAGAUUAAUUACAAAGAAAAAUUGAACAAGCCCUUCCUUCUAGUGUGCAUAAGAAAGUAAAUUUAAGUAAAUUGAAACAAAAAGACAGGAAACAUAAAACCAUAAAUGGAAAUCUCUUACGUGUGUGACAAACAAAAUUUAAUAAAAUUGAUCUUGAGCGUUAAAAAUUAUGCAACAAAAAGUAUAAAUCAAAGCAAAAUGAUGAUGAUGAUGCAAAUAGAGAGAGAUAGAGAGAUAUUAUUACACUUAAACAAAGAUGAACGUUUGAAAGUAUAAUUAAAUUAUAAUUAUUUAAUAAUUAUAUUAAAAGAAACAAAAACAAAAAUGCAAAAGAUAUUAAAAGUAAUUUUUAAUUCAAUUAAAACAAACAAACAAAAUGUAUAAAAGAUCUUUAAUUAGGUACACGGCAACAUUUACAUACAUAUAUAUAUGCCAACCAAUCAAACCUUAACGCAAACAUGACCACUAUACUGUUCCGUUUUUUUAGCUAUAAUUUUCCUAAGUAUUAAGAUUUGGACUCGGUUAUCGGUUAAGGUAAAUCAAUGAUGAUCGCUUCAGAAGUAAAGUAGAAUUUUGUUUUUAAAUUUGGCACAUGAAAUGCAUUCAAGUCUUUCCGUACAUUGAGUUCUUCCUCUAAUAUCCUUCGACCAUGGAGCUAAUUUGAUAUGAAUGUUGUGUCGCGAUAAUCGGUCGUCAUUAGGAAUUGUGCUUAAGCAAGUCCAUCGAUCACAAAUUGUAAAUAUUUCAUUCUAAUGCAGCUACAUCCGGAAUUUAUUUCCGGUUUUCAUUUUAUUUUUUGAUCGGAUUUGAUUCACUUUUCCAUUUUAGGCUAGUGAGCAGAACCUAUUGAAUUGAGUAGACGAAAUUGUUUCCUAUUCCUAUUAUUUACACUGACUAACAUUGCUAACAUUCUAAAACCAGUCAAUCGAUGAAAUUUUAGUUUUUAGAUAAUUUCCCAGUGUUUAAAACGUCGUAUGACAUUCAUUUGAUACGGAUGUCCUUGUCACGUUCGCUGCUUAUGAGUAGAUAACAGAAUAAACAAACCAUUGACAUAUUCGACACUGGAAACUUCAAUUAAAAAUUAAAACUUCAUGCAGUGGCUGCUUUUAGAAUGUUAGUCACUGUACAGUGUACAUUUAAACCAUAUGUCGUGAACAAAACAUUCCAACCACUAAGAAAAAAUACAUUUUUGUGCCGUUGUGAUGUUAAUUGUCCUAAUUUUUAAAGAAAAAAAAUCAACCAGGGUCAGAAGUGUCGAAAGCUGACGUUCAACACCUCCGUGAUGCUGGGUGACGCUAACUCAGGCGAAUUUGUCAGAUCGUAAAGCGUUUGAGCAUUAGCAACAUAGAAUUUCGAUCGAAAUAUAGUUACGGUAUGAAGAGGCAAUGAGUGAAGACAUGCUAUUCAGUAGCAGCAGCAAGAGAAUAUUUUAUUGCUUGCACAUAAGUAUUUAGUCAAACCAUUUCGUAAGAAAUUUCGACCAAAUCCAACGGCCUGUAAAAUGUACAUUUGAUUGUCAGGACAGCGUCCUUGCUCUUAAUUACUUUCAUUUGAUUUGUGCAUGAUUCCUCGUCGUAUAACAGACGACAUUUUAUGCACUUUUUAUCCGAUUGAUGAUCUUUUACUUCAUUUGAUAACAUAUAAAUUGCAAUAAAAGGACGCCAGAGCUACCCAUUUGUUUUCUUUGUCGUGGUGAUAGAAAAAUCAAUCGGAAGAUUUUCGUUUCUCACUGGUGCGAUAAAUUGGUUGUGUCAAUGUUUGUGACGAUUUCGACAUUAAAGUGCAAAGAAUCUUGUUCGAUACUUGUAUCGGAAUCAUGAUUGACUCAAAUAUAACUAGCUAAAUUUGCCUGUGGGUGAUAAAAAAUGAAAUCGUACAUCUAGUGCGUGAAAACCACAUCGAUUGUUGAAUGUAGGAUUACAAAAAAAGUUAUUUCCAUCCUUACUCUACGUAUUUAUGCUGAUUUCUCCGAUGAUUGACUGACUGAAAUUAUUUGAUUCAGAUCGGUUCCAGCUCAGACCUUAUUUUGCGAACACAAACUCCAUUUGAAUCAUAUCAAAUGAUGUCCUAGAUUUAUGCGAUCUAAUAAAAGACUCAAUCAAUACACUUCCUUAAUCUGAUGUGAAUUUCUUUUAAAUUGAAAUGCAAACAAAAAUGAGAAAACUUAUUAAAAAUGGAAAAUAAAAUGUAAAUGUGAAAUUAACUAUUUUUAAAAUUGAAAAACAAAUAAAUAAAAUGAAAAAAAAGACAAAAAAUAAAUUAUAUUUAAAUGGAGACUAUAAUGUUUAGUGUAUAAUUUGUAAAAUCUAUAUU